GUACUCAUACAUACAAUACAUAGUCUGUUUUUGUGAUAGCUCUGUAUUUUUUUGUUACUUGUUAGUUUUCAUCCAGUUGGAUUUGCAGAUAAAUUAAUUUUCGGUACAAUGCAUAGCACAAGCCUGAAAUCAUUUGGCAAGGAGGUGCUCAUUGGAAACUGGUCCGAGCGCCGCUAUGAGGUUGAGGAGAAGAGCAACGCCGUCGUGCCUGCUCUGAGAGCACUAGAGGGCUGCGAGAAGCACCAGUCCGUCUCCCGAAGCACCUACACGAAGGCGCCCUUCAAUGCCAUGGGGACAGUCUUGGAUUUCUCGGAUCAGCGCCAGCAGGCCUUUCAGAACUUUAGGAAGAACGCGACAUCAAACAUGAGCUUGGUGGACCACAGCUCUCUGAACCGCAACUUCACCACCACCACCACACUGGCCUUCGAUGUGUUGCCCCAGCGUUUCCUCAAGCAAAAGGAGUUGGAGAGCGGAUACUGCGGACCGCCUCAGCGCCAGCCCGAGAUUGACAUGCUGCAAUCCUUCGGCAAUCUGACCACGACCUAUAACUAUCCCAAGCUCAUCAGGUGCGAGAAGCUACUGUCCCAUCUCAGCAGCAAGGCACAGACCACAUACGGCGCCUCCUACAACCAAUCUCGGAAGAGCAAGGCCAUCAUGGAGUAUGGCCCGGACUACGACGGUGUUGUGAAGUUCGAUUUGACCUGCUAAAAAAUUAUAGAUGUGAUUUGUUCCAUUAAAACUCGUAUGCCUAUAUUACAAGA